GCCCCAGAGGCUCCUGGGAGUGCGAACCCCCGGGAUGCGUGCGCAGGCGCAGACGGCUGAGCCGCGGCAGGGAUGUGAGGCUGCUGGCUCCUGGGGCGUCUGAAGAAGCUGAGGAUCGCAGUGGAUGGAUGCUCCGGAUCCCGAGAGCGACAGAGAGAGCGAAUCCAGAUGGGGAGGCCGGGGAGGAGACCGGGAGGCCGAGCCGGGCCUGGUAAUUUGGGGGGACUCUUUCCUCUUCCAAAAGAGGAGCCCAGACGACGAGGCUCAUCUCUCACGAAUCUAAAAGCCAUGUCUAAGGGACCCGUGUCCUUCAAGGACGUGACCGUGGACUUCACCCAGGAGGAGUGGCAGCACCUGGACCCUGCUCAGAAGGCCCUCUACAGGGAUGUGAUGUUGGAAAACUACUGCCAUUUCGUCUCUGUGGGAUUUCACAUAACAAAGCCUGAUAUGAUCCGCAAGUUGGAGCAAGGAGAAGAGCUAUGGGCAGAGAGAGUUUUUCCAAAUCAAAGCUGUCUAGAAGAUGAAGAUGUUUUGGUGAAGUUCAAAGACUGCCAAGACAAGCAUUCUAAAUCCAUUGUAAUCAUCAACCACAGGAAACUCAUUAAGGAGAGAAGUAACAUUUAUGGGAAAACACUUACACUAGACAGGAACCAUAUUAUUUCCAAAACACUACUUGAAUAUAACCCUGAUGGGAAAGUUUUGAAAAAUAUUUCAGAAUUCAUUAAUAGAGACAUAACCCCUGUAAGACAGAAGUUGGGUGACGGUGGAUGGGAGAAAUCGAUCCCGAAUUGCAGGCAUGAGAAAGCUCACCCUGUAGCCACUCUGCACAAACCAGCGGAAAGGGCCCUGAGUUCCAAACAGCCGGCUCAGCAGCAGAACACCCAGCUUUCAGAGCAGCCAUUUGGAUGUAAUGACUAUGACAGUUCCUUCUUUACGAGAGGAAUGGUGUUUCCAAAUAACAGAGCUCACAGAGGAGACGGAAGCCUCAACUACAGUAGAGACGAAAUGGCUUUCGUAGAAAAGCCAGACCUUGGUGUUCAUCCACAUAAUCUUCUGGAAAAGAAGUCCUCUGCAUACAACAAGUACGGGAAAUUCUUCUGCAGAAAGUCCGUUUUUAUUAUGCACCCCAGAUCUCAAAUGGAGAAGCCCUUCCAGUGUCCUUACUGUGGGAACAGCUUUCGGAGGAAGUCCUACCUCAUCGAGCACCAGCGCAUCCACACGGGAGAGAAGCCCUAUAUUUGCAGCCAGUGUGGGAAAGCCUUCCGCCAGAAGACAGCCCUGACGCUUCAUGAAAAGACACAUAUAGAGGGGAAACCCUAUCUUUGUUUGGACUGUGGGAAGUCCUUCCGGCAGAAGGCAACCCUCACCAGACACCACAAAACACACACGGGCGAGAAAGCCUACGAAUGCGCUCAGUGUGGCAGUGCCUUUAGAAAGAAGUCCUACCUCGUCGACCACCAGAGAACUCACACAGGGGAGAAGCCCUACCAGUGCACAGAGUGUGGGAAGGCCUUCAUCCAGAAGACAACCCUCACCGUCCACCAGAGGACGCACACCGGAGAGAAGCCGUACAUCUGUACCGACUGCGGCAAGUCCUUCUGCCAGAAGACGACUCUCACCCUCCAUCAGAGAAUCCACACCGGGGAGAAGCCCUACAUCUGCACUGACUGUGGGAAGUCCUUCCGCCAGAAAGCGAUCCUCACUGUGCACUACAGAAUACACACAGGAGAGAAGUCCAACGGCUGCGCCCAGUGUGGAAAGGCCUUCAGUCGGAAAUCCAACCUCAUUCGCCAUCAGAAAACCCACACGGGAGAAAAACCCUACGAGUGUAAGGCGUGUGGGAAAUUCUUCAGUUGUAAGUCAAACCUCAUUGCCCACCAGAAAACUCACAGGGCAGAGAACAUUCAGUGAGUGCUCUGAUUUUAUUUUUCUAUUUGCUUUUUAGGUUUUUGAGACAGAGUCUCACGAUGUAGCCUUGGCUGGCCCGGAACUUGGUACAUAGACCAGACUCAGCGAGCCGCCUGCCUCUGCCUCCCGAGUGCUGCGCCACCAAGCCCUGCAGAUUUUUCUGGUACGGAGUGCUUUCAAGUUCGAUUCCCUACAAUUGCUGCUUGUUAACAAUACAAGUAUGUCACACAUACAAAUACCACUGGAUAAAUGAAAUGACCAAAAAUGGAAAAUAAAGGCUUCGUUUUUGUAUUCCUGGGUUCAGCAGACUAAACUGACCUCUGAUGAACUGUUGUAACCAUUCAGAUUUGCUUAUUUCCCAUAUCAUGAGAUACAUGGAUUUCUUGUAAAUCAGUAAUAGACCACUGUCCAAAUGCAGCUUGUCUGUAUGAAGUAAAAAUUGUUACCUCCUCCAUGUUAACCACAGUUCAACCUGUAACAUUGUAAUUGGGUCUUCCACAUUAUAAACCUUGAUAUAAAACAGAUUGUUCACUCGGCUCCAUUCACUCGUCAUCUCUGAGUCCAGUCAUGAGUGCAUGCGGCAGAAGGUUUGUAUUCUGUAUAGAAUUCCAUUAUAUAAGCAUAUCACUUUUACCCAUUCUGCUCUCGAUGGACUUCUACUUUGUUUACUGCUUAGGGUCAUAAUAAAGAUGUA